AAACAAAGUGACACCUGUUUACGAUUAAGGAUAGAGGAUUUGCUAAUUAAGAAAAAAUAGGAGGGGUAUGGGAAAAUGUGGCAAGCUCAGCUUGGUGGUGCGCCUCCAGCAGAUGCUGCGCCGGUGGUUGCUGGCGGCAGAUGUACCGGCUGGGCACGUUGCAGUGUGCGUGGGGAUCAGCUCCCGGCGGUUUGUCGUCCGCGCGACGAGUCUCAACCAUCCGAUCUUCCGGCAGCUGCUCCGGCAGGCGGAGGAGGAGUACGGCUCUCCCUCCAGCGGUCGCCCAGGCCCGCUCUCUCUCCCCUGCGACGAAGUUCUCUUUGAACACCUCCUCCACCUCAUAUCCACCACCUCCUCCUCCUCUUUCCGCUUCGCCAACUGUGACAUCAACGAAUUGGCAAAACUCUGCUCCUCCACAACUCCUACCUCUGAUUCCUAUCGUUGCUGCGGCAUUGGCCGGUGGCUACCUUCGGCCGACGUUCUGCCGCUCCUCCACCCACACUGCUUCUCCCACGCCUUCCGGUGAAGCGCCUCUAUUUCACCUCGAAUUAGCUUCCAUCUACAUGUGGAAGUGGAGUGAAGAAAACAAAGUAUCUCUACUUCCAAGUCACGAGUUAUAUAUACCUGUUUCUCCGCAUCGUUGAGUUUGCAAUUUUUUUUCAUGUAUUUUUUUUUUCUGUUUUUAUUCUUUUGGUGAGUUAUAAAAUAGCUAAUGUUUAAGAGUAGAGAAGAUAGACUCUGUUUACUUGGGGCUAAAUUCGAUAUUUUUUCUUUUACUAGAUAUAAAAUUAGGAAAAGGAUGA